ACUUUGUCCAAUUAAGACUCGAGUGUUCGACUGGCUGUCCAAUCACUGAAUAGUUACCUGUCUACAACACAUCUCCAGUUAUUUAAAGCUGCUGAGGGAAGACCAACAGACUUUCGUCGCAGUUACCAGAAGCUUGCAGUAUGACAGCCAAAGUGGAGCUGAGUGUCUCCUGUGCUAACCUGCUGGAUAAAGAUGUGGGAUCAAAUUCUGAUCCUUUGUGCGUGCUGCUGCAGAGCUCUGGAGGAGAUAAAUGGACCGAGCUGGGCCGCACUGAGAAGCUAAAGAACACCUCCAACCCGUCCUUCAGUCAGCGUUUCCGGCUGGAUUACCGCUUUGAGACGGUUCAGAAUCUGAAGCUGGGUGUCUACGACAUUGAUAACUCCACAUCUGACCUUAAAGAUGAUGACUGCCUGGGAGCGGUGGAGAUAACACUUGGACAGUUGGUUUCCAGUAAAACUGUGACCAAACCUCUGCAGCUGAAGAAGGACAAACCUGCAGGGAAGGGAACCAUUACUAUCACAGCAGAGGAGAUAAAAGACAGCAGAGCCAUUACAUUGGAGGUGGCAGCUAAAAACCUUGAAUCCAAGGAUGCAUUUGGGAAGUCUGAUCCAUUCCUGGAGUUUUUCAAAAAAGGUGAUGAUGGAAAAUGGCUGCUGGUCCACAAGACAGAGGUGGUGAAGAACAAUCUGAAUCCAUCCUGGAAGAAGUUCACCGUUCCUCUGCAGACCUUCUGCAGCAGCGACCUUGAAAGACCUCUGAAGGUGGAUUGUUUUGAUUAUGACGACAAUGGAUCUCAUGAUCUGAUUGGUUCUUUCACCACCAAAGUCUCUGAGCUGAAGAAAGCCACAAACAAUUCACCGGUGCAAUUUGACUGCAUCAAUCCUGAGAAGCAGAAGAAGAAGAACUCUGGAGUUGUGAUUGUCAAGAGCUGUGAGCUGACCAGUCAGUACACCUUCCUGGACUAUGUGAUGGGCGGCUGCCAGAUCAACUUCACUGUUGGGAUCGACUUCACUAGCUCUAAUGGUGAUCCUCACACACCCAACUCUCUCCACUAUAUGAGUCCAGAUGGGCUGAACCAGUACCUGUAUGCUCUGUGGUCUGUGGGUCAGGUGGUCCAGGACUAUGACACUGAUAAACUCUUCCCAGCAUUUGGUUUUGGAGCCAAACUGCCUCCAGACUACCAGGUGGACAACCAUCAUUUUCCCCUCAACUUCAACCCAGCAAGCCCUUACUGUUAUGGCGUCCAGGGGAUUUUUGACGCCUACAGGGCUGUUUUGCCUAAGCUCAGACUCUCUGAACCAACAAACCUGUCCCCCAUCAUCAACCAUGUAGCUUCCACUGCUGCCAGUGCUGCACAGACCAAUGCUGCCACUCAAUACUUUGUCCUCCUCAUCCUCACUGAUGGAGAGAUCUCUGACUUUGACCAGACCAGGGACGCCAUCGUUAAGGCAUCACGGCUUCCCAUGUCAAUCAUUAUUGCGGGGGUGGGAUCGUCCGACUUUAAGGCCAUGGAGCGUCUGGAUGGAGAUGAUGGUGUGCUGAAGUCAACAGCGGGAGAGGCCGUCGCCAGAGACAUUGUCCAGUUUGUGCCGUACAAAAAGUUCAGAGAUGCUCCCCAGACGGCUCUGGCUCAGGCUGUCCUCGCUGAGGUUCCCAAUCAGGUGGUCUCCUAUUUUAAAAUGAAAGGCCUGGGCCCAGCAAAAUCUCAGGCUGCUCCCAAAUACUAAACUCUGCACGCCACAUGUCCCAAAGCUCACUCGAACAUUCCUCAUGCCCACCCUGUGGAAGCUUGUUUCUGCCACUUAAAAAAAAAAAAAAAAAAAAAAAAAAUCACCAUCUGUAUCUCAAAAUU